GCCCAUGGUGCAGACCAUGGUGAGGCAGCUGUGCCCCUGAAGCCUGCGGAGGGCACAGGGAUGCAGAGAUCCACCUGAGGCCCUGGAGGACCCAUGUUGGAGCAGGCUGUGCCUGAAGGACUGCACCCUAUGGAAGAGUGAUCCAUGUUGCAGCAGUCUGUGGAGAACAGUUGCCCAUGGGAUGGACUCACGUUGGAGAAGUUCAUGGAGAACUGUCUCCUGUGGGAGGGACCCCAUCCUGGAGCAGGGGAAGGACUCCAAUUCUUCUCCCUGAGUAGCAGCAGGGAACACAUGUGAUGAACUGAGCAUAACCCCCAUUCCCUGCCUCCCUGCACUGCUGAGGGGGAGGAGGUAGAGCUGGGGAGGAGGGAGUGGUGGAGGGAAGGUGUUUUUUAAGAUUUAUCUUACUUCUCAUUAUCCUGCUCUGAUUUUGUUAGUAACAAAUUCAGUUAAUAUCCCAAAUUUGAGUCUGUUUUGCCUGUGACGGUAUUUGGUGAGUGAUCUCUCCUGGACCUUAUCUCUACUCAUGAACCUUUGUUAUACUUUUUCUCUCCCCUGUCCAGUUGCAGAGGGAAGUGAUAGAGCGGCUUUGGUGGAUGCCAGGCAUCCAGCCAGGGUCAACUCACCACGCACACAGAAGCAGGGUUUGCUCUUACAGACAAAAGCUGAUUUAUUUGGAAUGGUUGCAUUGGGAUGGAGGAUCAGAUCUUCUGAGCAUGACAGCUCAUCAUUGUCAGUUGCAAAAGUCCUUGGACCAGCAUCUCCAGCUGGAGCAGGAGAGGUUCCACAAGCUUAUGCCCCCUAAUCCUGCCCAAUCACAUCCUGGAUAAGUGGUUAUUAAUUACCUUAAGCUACCUACAUAACAUCUCUAAACUAUAUUAAAUAUAUACAUUCCACUGUUGCAAAUGGUCUGUGUAGUUUGGGUGAUGCUGCAGAAGGAACCAACUGGGGAGGCCAUGGGAUCAUAGAACCAGAGAAUCAUUUAGAUUGGAAAAGACCCCUAAGAUCACCAAGUUCAAUCCAUCCAUCAUCCAUCGGAUGCCCAGACCGUCCCUGCAGGGUGGGGACGCAUGGAAACAUGCAGGUCAUGGUUCUCCAUUGACUUUAGAUGCAGCAGGAACUCCUGGGGGAUGAUUGUGUGAUUCGGUGAUCCUCAGGCCUGUCCCAAAGCUCCUGAAUCCACUAGUCAGAUGCUUCCCUGGGAGUUCAGUCCAUCAGUUGGUUCAGUCUCUGCUGCAGGAAAGAGUUGGGGAGUACCUGGGCCACCCUGGGGCUGGAUGUCCACCUGCAGUGCGUGUGCCUGGGCACAGCCCUGGCUUCCAGCCACAGCAAAGUCACACCCGGGGGCAAAACUGAAUUUUAUCGUAGGAUCACAGAGCCAUAGUUUGGGCUGGAAGGGAUGUUAAAGACCAUCUAGUUCCAACCCCCCUGCACAAGUAGGGACACCUUACACUAGACCAGGUUGCUCAGAAGCCCGUGCAGCCUGUCCUUGAACACUUCCAGGGAUGGGGCAGGGAUUAUCCUUCUAUCACACUUAAAUAUUGUAGGUGCUGUUAGAGUAGACUCUGAGGAAAGGGAUCACUCUGGUCGGCCCUGGAGGGUUUUUCCCAGCGGUCCUGGAGGGUUUCUAGGUUUCUCAGUCUGUUCUUGUGGCCAAGGAACACUUGCUUGUCCUGGCUGCUCCAUCCUCAAGGACCUUCACCUGUCCUGACAGCUCCAUCCCCAACCCUGGCUUUGGCAUUGUACAAACUAAGGCCAACAAACUGCACUGUGCAGUCAGCAAGUCCAGCCUCGCCUGCCUGACCUUGGGUGAGGGGAGGGACAGGCCUGGGAUCCCAAGAGGGAGGGAGGUGGUGGGAGAGAGUGUCUUGGUGCAAGGACAGGGAUAGUGCUGGCCCUGAAAACCAAACGGCUCAGGUUUGGUAGAGCAGGGAAGGCACACAAAGCAGCACUCCAGACACCUAGCCCAGGGCAUUCCCUGCCUGGGCGGGACACUCGGCUCCCUUUACGUCAUUCCACAGCCACCGGGAAAAGUGGAUCAUGGAUAUGGACCAGAGCCAAGAGAUUGAAGUGCAGGCAGAGAAUUUCCGAGAGCCACGAGCUAGUGCAAGUCCUCAUGGGAACAUGCGAGAUAACCAAGUAGCAAAAGGCACCGGCAGAGUCCAGGCGAGAGCAGUGCAACCACAGCUGGAGCAGCAUGGCAGGGCUCCACGUCCGCUCCCUUCUGGUGACUGGGGCCAACCGGGGCAUCGGCCUGGGGCUCGUCCAGCAUUUUCUGAGGAUGCCAAAUCCUCCACAGUGGAUCUUUGCAGGCUGUCGGAGCCCCAACGGACAGAGAGCGCAGAAGUCACCAACCCCGCCAGCAUCAAGGCGGCUGCAGCCAAGGUUGGGGAGCACCUGGGGGGCUCUGGGCUGAACCUCCUCAUCAACAAUGCUGGAAUAAUCAAGCCUAAGACACUUGAUUCUGAGACAUUGGAGGACAUGACCAAGAUUUAUGCCACCAACACGGCUGGACCCCUGCUGAUGGGCCAGGCGUUCCUGCCCUUGCUGAAGAAGGCUGUCCAGGGGAGCCCGGGCUCAGGGCUGAGCUGCAGCAAGGCUGCCAUCAUCAACAUUUCCAGCAUUGGUGGCUCCUUUUCUUCUUUCUUUACUUGGGACGUGAUACAAGCCACCUCAUACCGCUGCAGCAAGGCUGCUCUGAACAUGCUGAGCAAGUGCCAGUCCCUGGCGUACCGGGAGCACGGCAUCCUCUGCGUCGCUCUCCACCCCGGCUGGGUGCAAACCGACAUGGGCAGCUCUGCUGGACACACGAUUUUUUUUCUUCAUGCUGUUACCCACAAGGUUUUGGAGCUGACAGAUGAGCUGACAUGCCAAUGUGAUGAGCCUGCUGGGAGUGGGGGACUGCAGGGCUAGAUUCCUUUUCUGCAACACUUUGGCCCCUGAGCUGGGUUUCUGUUCUCAUGCUUAGGCAAGAGUGACUUAGCAAAGGUUUCCAAGGCUGAAGAUUUCUUUCUUGGAAUACUCUGUACACUGAUGGGCAGCAGAAAAAUCCUUUUUCCUGGCAUUUUUAACUAGCCUGAUGUCUUUAUGGUGGUAAGCAAGUAUGUGAGUGGCAUUGGACUUGUUGCUACCUUGCGCUGUGCAGCGCAGACCUUUGUAGAGUUGUCCUGAAAAUAUUUGAGGGGAAUACCAUGGGAUAAUCUGCUGUGGGGCUGCUGUGAAGGGAAGGAGCCUUGGGAUUCGAGAGGAUCUUGCAUGUCCAGCUGCAGGACAAAUGACAGAGUACUUUGGAGUUACUUCUCUUUGGAUAAUGAUGGAUGAAGUUCAAGGUUCUGUCACACGUGAUGGAUCUUUUGGUUGCCUGGUGAAUGAUUAACUGCUCUUUUUGGGUUAGCUAAGUCAUUGCUCCAAGGCAUGUGGGACCAACACAUUUUUAGUUCUUAGCCCCUAAAUUUGCUGAAAUAACAAACUCUUGUCUCCCUGGAAGAAAUAAGGGUGGGAAAGAAAGAGAAUGAAAAGAAGUGACAGAUCUGACAUAUUUUUGAGGGGUUUUUAAAGCUUUCCUUUCUGAAAAAUCCAUGCCUGUUACUUGUUUGAAGACAACCCUUCCCUAAAAUAGAGCAAGAGCGCUUGAAGCAGCUUCUUUUUUUAAAAAAUGCCUUCUUGCUGUUGAUAUUUCAGAACUUUUAAGCAUACUUUGGGACUUUAUUGAUCGUCUGGGGCUUGGAGUGUAUGUUUUUAGUAAGGAUUGUUAAUGUAGUGGCCAGACCCUUGAGAUGUCCCUUUUAUGUUGGCCAUGCUCUUCCCAUCAGGUACUGCCAGUUGGGACUCACAGCUCACUUACUUUUUAUUACAGAUAAAGUGUUUUACUUUAAUAAUCUACUUAAUAGCAAAAGAGAGAUUGCUGCCUCUUUGUAGUAAAGCCUGAAUUCAAGAAUGUCUUAUUUUCUAAGAAAUAUUAAAAAAACUGAAUUUGAACUGAAGUUACUUGAACUUUUCAGGUGUUUUUAAACAAAUGAAUAGGUAGGUAGGUACUGAUAUGGCAUAGCCUUGAUUCAAUUUUCUUAUUAUUGGCUCCAAUGAAAUAAAAGUAUUUAGAAGCUC